CAUUUCUCCUCUUCUCCGCGGAAACAAUUUGCAGAAAUUUUUGUGUAAAAACCGGAUAAAUGGCUUUGACGGACCCUAAAAUUCCUCCACGCUUUGCAGUGUCGGAUUGGCACACAUCAAACACAAUAAUACGAACAAAUGCUGAGCGCCAGCGAGAUGCUUCGCAUCGCGUUCGUCAAGAGAGUCGAUUUCUGCGAAACGAGACCGACAAUCAUACUCGAUGGACUCAACAUGACAGCAACACAAAACUUGAAAAGAGAAUACACGACAUCAAUAACUGGAAGAAGAGUUUAGAGAGAUGCCUGGCCGAAACAGACGCCGAGAUUGCUUUAUUACAACAAGAAAAAGAACGAACAGAACGGGCACUGGAAGCAAAGAAAGUUCCCCUCGACAUCACCCUAGAAUGUUUGAUGUUGAGAGAAAACAGACAAAACAUUGAUCUUGUACGAGACGAAGUUGAAGCACAGCUUCAUAAGGAGGUAGAAGUGAUUGAGGGAGCAAAAGCUCUUCUUCAACAGAAAGUCAGUGAAGCUUUUGAACAACUCUGUCUCCUCCAAGAAGCUCGUCAUCAACUACAUCUUGACAUCACAGACAAGUACACCACCCUGGAGCUGGAUGGUGAAUGUUGGAGGCUAAACAACAACUCUGCCAACAUUGGCUUUCAAGUGAAUCCCACACGCACUGUCAAGGGAAGUGUUACACCUGAGACUUGGGACUCCUUCUCAAACUACAACAAACUGCGAGCAGAGGCUGAGAUGAAGGCAUCAAAGCACCUCAGAGAAGCAAUUUUUGCCACCUUGCAGCAGACAGCUAAUGAUCUUGAGGCUCAGAGACAGGCCACUGAAUAUGCAUUUCGCAAGAGGAUUCAUGAAACUAAUCAGGCCAAGUCAGAGUUGGAGUGGCAACAGAAAAAUACCCAACAAGAAAUUUCCACAUUGGAAAAUGACAUCAAAGGAAUCAAGGAGGCAAUUGAUGCCAAGAAUGCACCAAUGAUGGUUGCACAAACACGCCUAGAGAACAGAACCUACAGGCCAAAUGUUGAGCUGUGUCGUGAUCAACCUCAGUACCAGUUAUGCCAUGAAGUUGCCGAAAUUGGUGGAUCAAUCAGAUCACUGAACGAGAAACUCCGAGAAGCAGAGAAUGCACUUCAGGCCCUGCGCAGUAACUUGGAAAGGAUCAAUGAGGAUCUAGCUGUCAAGAACAACUCACUUGCUUUAGAGAGCAGAAGCAUGGAAGUGCGACAAAAGAUGAAGGAAGUUCCCCACAGCAUGAUGAACACAGGAACAACGUUUCGUACCAUUAAAAAUUCAUCUCACACUCCUGUUGUGGAGAAUGCUCCCUUUGAUACUGCUAUGCAAAGUGCUGGUUCCCCUGUGCCUGUGACAUCACCUCGCAUGGCUAAUACCUACACACCACCAGCAAGUGGAAGGAGGCUGGAAACACAACUAGUUGACUGAACUAUAUGUGAAGAGUAAUUUCUCAGAUUAAGCUGUUCAGUGAAACAAAUAUGGUAUGAUUUUGUGAAAGUACUUGGUAAAAAGUUAACUCACAGAUGAAAUUUUAAUAAAAGAAUGGAAUAAACUUUUUGCUUAUCAAACAAUGAAAUGUCAAUGGAAGCUACACUUUGUAAAAUUUUUAUUUUUUUUUUCAAAACAACCUUUUUUCAUCAAAGUGUCCUUUUAGACUUACUUAAGAAGUAUGACAAUACCAUUAAUAAUAAACUUGUUUCUCCU